AUGGGCGACUUUUCUGUCCAAUAUGAUCUCACAGGGUUAUCCACUCAAAAUACAGGUGGAAAGGUUUCGAAAAUUCGAUUUGAUAAUACAAAACAAGAAUUUGAAAGUAAUGAAAUAUUAUUUGCUACAGGCUCUUGGGAUACACCAAAGGAAAAUACACUACAAUUAUGGAAUGUUGAACAAAGUCCUUUUGGUUUGAGCGAACAAGCAAACUUCAAAUUUUCAUUGCUUGGUAAAACAACUCAUGAAGGGGACGUUACCGACCUGAAAUUUUUUGGCGAUAAUCUCAUAUUAUCAUCGUCUUCGAAUGGAACAUUAAACGCCUUUCAAGUUCGUUUAUUAAAUUUGUAUAUUCAGUGA